AUGUUGCCUCAAAACAAGAAUCAGGUGCUGCUACAGAAAGCAGUGCCCCCCAAGUGCCCCUCUCAGGGCCUCUCACAAUUUGUGGACUCCCCUCUGCCCCACACAUCAUCUCUCCCUCCUCAUCAGUCCCUUCCUCCUCCUCAUCUACCUAUCUCUUCCACACAGUCUUAUCUUCCCCAUUCCCCAACUCCUCGGCCCUGCUCUCUGGGUCCCCAUUUCUACUCUUCUGACUCAAAUUCUGACUUUGUUCCACACCCUUACUCUUCCACUCUCCCAAGUUCCCCCACUUUCUUUCACCAGAACUAUACGGGUCUCUCUCCUCCACAUUCCUCCUCUCCCUCCAAUCACCAGCUGUAUCUCCCUCCUCCUCUUAUCCACUCCUCCUCUCCUUCCCACCUCCAGAACCACUCUCCAGACUCCCCUUGCCAGUCUCCUUCCCACCCCAAGGACCUACAUAGUUCCACAUUCACUUCCCCUAGCCCCAGCCUACCUUCUGCAGGGGUCCACUCUAGCAGGCAGACAUGGCAGUGGCCUCAAUCCAGAGACACCGAGUCCCCUGGGGUGGUGAGGGGAUGUGUAGCAAGCGAGAGGGACCCUGCAGAGUUCAGGGACCCAGGAGCCCUGGCCCAGGCCCUGGUGGCCCAUCUGGGGUACCGCCGUAUUGCACAUGACCUGCGGCUACUCCUUCUACAGCACCUGUGGCUAGGCAGAACCGGCCAGGCCCCAGUCGUGGAGUAUCCCAUAUGCCUGGUGUGCCUCCGACCCCGCAGUCCUUCUUGCCCCAUGCCCAGGUACAGGACUGGUCCCCGGCUGCUUGCCUUCCCCCAACUACUGCCCCGUGCCCAAGGCCAGGAAUCCGGCCCACUAUGCAUAGGCAUUGGCUUCGGCCUCCGCCUGCCUCGGGGCCAGGCCAGGGCCUUGCAUCUGUUGCCAGAAAGAAGGUUGGAGGAGAUAGGGCCUCAGGGCGAGGCUGCUCAGGCCCGUGGGUGUCAAGCACCAGCAGCCCAGGCCCCAGCAGCUCAAGCCCAACUGAGUCAGGUCCAGGCAGAUCCAACCCCAGGCACGUCCUCUCAGGCUGGGAGCCUCAGGUCUGCAGAUUUUCAAUCACUAAACUCUGCCGGACCUCCUCGGCCUCACGCACCAAAGCAAGCCACUGCCUCCCUGAGGCCCAGGGCGCCUUCUCCUGUCCCAAAGAAGCUGGUGUCUCCAGAGCCUAUUCUCCGAAAGUCGCCAUCCUAA